UCGCGAGAGGUUUGGUUUUUGUUAAUAAAGCAGAAUUUUACUUCAGGGUCGUUCCCUCUAUAUUUAGAGAUAUUAAGGGAGGGAAAGAGGAAACAGUAAUAGAGAUACAUAGGAGAGAGAGAGAGAGAGAGAGAAAGAGAAAGAAAAAGACAACAAAUAAAUAGAAAAUAAAGAAGAAAACAAUUUCGGCGGGACAAUAAUCUAAGUACUUCGUUGUGAACCCCACCGACUUCCACGAAUUACGUUAAUAAAAGACUCUGUUAAGAGAAAGACAGAAAGAAAGAGAGAGAGAGAGAGAGAGAAAGGAAGAGUGUUAAUAAUCAUUCGGUGAAAGAGUAUGGAUAACUCCAAAAGUACCUUCGAGAUCAGAGAGACCCCUUCGACUAUUGUGCGCAUCGCAUAUCGUCAACUCAGUAUUAUGACUGGCACGAACGAUCUUGCAAAUCCGAUGUCUAAUAACAAUAAUAAAUUAAUUAAGAAAGAAGAGGAUAGUUGUAUGAUCUGCACACGACGUUUCUUUCGAUUACCGAUAUUUUUAUCGGUAACCUCAUCCUUUUGUCAAGCGUAUGAAACGGUUAAAAAAUCCCAUGAAUCCGUUACCAUUGUGUUUGAUAGCUUAGAAAAUGGAUUGAGUAAAGGUGCCGAAUACAUUGGUCCAAUGACCAAUCGGAUAGGCGAGACAUUGGAAACACCAAUGAAAACUGUCGACAAUUUCGUUUGUAUUGGUUUGGACUUUUUAGAAGAGAAAGUACCUUCCAUUAAAUUACCACCGUACGAGAUCUUUCAAAAUAUCAGCAAUAAUAUCAGACUUUUAGCCUCAUCAACGGUGAAUACAUUUGUUAUUAUGUUCUCCAACAUCGUCGGAUAUGUGGAUCAACUGGAAGCAUCCAUGAAUAAAGAUGCCAAAAAAAAAGAUGAUAAGAAUAAUAAUAUUGUUCAGAAUGUUAAGUGAUUAUAAUAUUAAAAAAAUUUUUUGAUUA